CCACGUGACCGCGCGCGCGGGAGCGAUGGCGGCGAGGCUGGCGGGCUUCCUGCUGCUGCUGCUGGGGUUCGCGGCGCCGGGGCCCGCGCCCGCCGCUGGCGCCAAGAUGAAGGUGGUGGAGGAGCCCAACGCGUUCGGGCUCAACAACCCGUUCCUGCCCCAGACUAGUCGCCUCCAACCCAAGAGGGAUCCUUCACCCGUGUCUGGGCCUGCGCACCUCUUCAGGCUUUCUGGCAAGUGCUUCAGCCUGGUGGAGUCCACGUACAAGUACGAGUUCUGCCCGUUUCGCAACGUGACGCAGCAUGAGCAGACCUUCCGCUGGAACGCCUAUAGUGGGAUCCUGGGCAUCUGGAACGAGUGGGAAAUCUCCAACAACACCUUCAGGGGCAUGUGGAUGAGGGACGGCGACUCCUGCCGCUCCCGGAGCCGGCAGAGCAAGGUGGAGCUUACCUGUGGGAAAAGCAGCCGUCUGGCGCACGUGUCUGAGCCGAGCACCUGUGUCUAUGCGCUGACGUUCGAGACGCCUCUUGUCUGCCACCCACACUCCUUGUUGGUGUACCCGGCCCUGCCCCCUGCCCUGCAGCAGCGGUGGGACCAGCUGGAGCAGGACCUGGCUGAUGAGCUCAUCACCGCCCAGGGCUAUGACAAGUGGCUCAGGGCGCUUUUUGAGGAUGCCGGCUACCUGAAGACCCCAGAACAAAGUGAAUCGGUGCUGGAAGGAGGUGCCAAGGACCCGGCCUUCCAGACCAUAGAGAGCUGCCGUGAGGCACAUAAAGAGCUGGCGAAGGAGCUCAGGAGACUGAAGAGCAUGCUGACCCAGCACGGCAUCCCCUACACCAGGCCUGCGGAGACUUCCAGCUCCGAGCACGUGGGCCCCAAGACACCCCCAGACGGGACAUCGGAGCCACUCCGAGGCGACCCAGGACUGCGUGGGAACGCCUUGUGACCCGAGACUGGCAGGAAGGGGAGGCAGAACAAACCUAGAUCGAGGCUUCCAUAAAUUAAUCCACAUGAAGCAUCCACACUGAGCCGAGGUCUCCUGCGACCCCAGUUACACAAACAGCGGAGGCUGGACCGAGACCACGAGAGCCAAGAGGCAGAACGACAGCCGAACCGAGGACGGCGAGGCCCCGGGAUGCCUGCGGGGCAGGGAAGGCUCCCUCGGAGGGCCUAGGCCACCAAGACACAGGUGGGGAGGACCCAACGAGCAGUCCCCUGGGGGCCCUAAGAGUUCCACUUGCGAGAUUCUUGGGGGUCCUCGCAGCACACUUGGCCUCAGCGCACGUACCGGUGCGGGGGGAGGGGAGGUCGUCCCCAUGGCGCCACAGCUCCAGUCUCUCACUGCACAACAAGAACCGACCAGAGUAGCUUAUACAUAGACCUCAAGCUUAACUGUCCUUAAUUGUUUAUAAUUUGAAAACGCCUAGGCUACUUAUUGGUAAUAAACAUUGUCCUGUUUCCCAAAGAAGACCAUAGGCCUGAAAUGGGAAACAAGUGCAUAAAUAUUAAUAAAAAUAAUUUUAA